CAACUCGCCACGCCAUCAGCUGAUGCACCGACACCCAUCAUUAUCGCGAUGAAAUCGGAGCAAUUGCGAUGACGGUGAAGGAGAGAUUGGAGGCGUACAGGCGCAAGAAGCGCAAGGAAAAAACGAUGGAGUCAAUUAAGAGUGUAAUGAGAAACAUGUUCACGUGGAAUCGUAAGAAUAGAGUCGAAAUACCCGUUGAAGAAUCAACGAAGGAGGAGCAGGUCAAAUUAUGCGAACAGUCAGCGGAUGUCGAGGAGGAUAUCCAGGAGGAAGAUGUCCAGGAGUCACAUGGCACAAUGUUAAACCGAGUAAUUUAUUUAUUAUACUUUUUAUUAUGGUUUACGUUGUACAUAAUCGCACUGGAGUACGAGUUUGGUGCAGUCUACUUUGUGCUGUCGGCUCUGGUGUUUAUCUGCUUGAACACUAGAUCUGGACCGAAGCGACAUGGUGAGCCCAGUGCUUAUUCUGUUUUCAAUCCGAAUUGCGAGGCGAUAGAGGGUACCCUUGACGCGUCGCAGUUCGAAAAAGAGAUAGGAUACAGUGUAGUACGAUGAAAUCGAGACAAAUCAGUAGAGUCUGAAUGACUCUAGAUCGGAUGUUAUGACAUUAUUUGCAUUUCGAUCUACUUAAUAUCGCGAUUGAUAAGCGUGUAAUGCAAAUUUUUAAUAAGUAGCAUAGUUUGAAAUUGAGUGACAUCGCUCAAGUUUGGCUUUUCUAUAUUUGUAUACUAUUAUUGGAAUAUUUAAAGGCCAAUAUUCUUAUUUUUAAUUUUAUUUGAUAUUUAAUUUGAAGGAAAUCUAGAAUGUCUUUCAUAUUAUACUGGAUAUAAAUCGCGAGUACAAAUUCCGUAAAGUUUCAUAAUUCCAGAGAGAUGUGAUAUUGAAAAUAUGUGUUAAGCAUACCUGUAAGAAUAUAAAUAAGUAUUAUACAAUGUUACUUUUGUAUUUAAACAUGAUACUUUUAUAGAGAGAAAUAUAUAUUUUGUUUUACGCCGAUCACUCAGCGAAAUUGUUAUUGGGCAAUAAAUAUAAGACGAUGUAAAGCAAAUUAAAUGCCAAAACAAUUUCGUAUAUUCUUUACGAUAUAAAAACGAGCUGAGACUUUUCAGAGACACUUUAAUUCAACUUGUUUUGUCAUUUAUAUUGCUCUACAUGAAAAAAAA